CCCUCUGGCGUCCCUUCUCCUUUUUCUCUUUGUUGCUUGCUUCAUCUUUCACCUUCCUUCACAAAUCACAAACCAUUUGUUAAAAAAAAGAGAGAGCCUAAAAUGAAUCCUUCCAUAGCUUUCCUUUGAUACAUCCUCCUCCUCCUUCUUCAAACCCACACUUCAUUUCUUCUUUACACUUCAUAUUUUCCAUUGUUUUUGACCCUUUUGAAUCCUUUCUUUGUUUUCCCCAUUUAUUUAAAGCUUUAGUUAUGGUGCUGGAUCUUAACUUGACUGUUAUUUCCGAUGGUGAUGACAAUUCAAUGGCCGGAGGUUUUUCCGGUUAUAAUAACAACCAAAUGGAUAGUUCCGGCGGGAGCUUUGGUUCCUCCGUCGUCAACGCCGACACAGCGACAACCGCCGGCGACGAUGACUCCUCUUCCAACGCGGCUGCCACCGACACUUUCGGUUACUCCUUCGACAUCCUCAAAGCCAGCCGAGAAGAAGAACAGGAUAAAUACAACAACCGGACAACCAUCCCGCUUUUCCCGGUCGACGUUGAAGGAAAUGGCUGGAAGUCAACGGGAUGGCUGGAUCUCGCCGGCUCCGGCGAAGUAGCCGCGGAGCAGAGGGUCGUACCCCAUCAGCAUCAACAGCAAGUUCAGCUAAGGCAACAAGUAAAGAAGAGUCGACGUGGUCCCCGUUCUAGAAGCUCUCAAUAUCGUGGCGUCACGUUUUAUCGUAGAACUGGACGAUGGGAAUCUCAUAUUUGGGAUUGUGGGAAACAAGUGUACUUGGGUGGGUUUGAUACAGCACAUGCUGCGGCAAGAGCAUAUGAUCGAGCAGCAAUCAAGUUUCGAGGAACCGAUGCAGAUAUUAAUUUUAACGUUAGUGAUUAUGAUGAUGAUAUUAAACAGAUGAGUAAUUUCACAAAAGAAGAAUUUGUGCAUAUCCUGCGUAGGCAGAGCACCGGUUUUUCAAGAGGAAGUUCUAAAUACAGGGGCGUUACGUUGCACAAAUGCGGCCGAUGGGAGGCUCGAAUGGGGCAACUUCUUGGCAAGAAGUACAUAUAUCUUGGGCUAUUUGAUAGUGAAAUAGAAGCUGCAAGGGCUUAUGAUAAGGCUGCUAUAAAAUGUAAUGGAAGAGAAGCGGUCACCAACUUUGAGCCAAGCACCUACGAGGGGGAACUAAUCUCCGAAUCUGAAAAUGGAGACCAGAAUCGAGUUCUUGACUUGAACUUGGGCAUAGCACCCCCUUGUACGUCCAAUCUCCAAAAGGAGAAUGAAAAUUCAAGCAACUUUCCUUUCCAGCGCGGCUAUGAUGGCUUGCCUGUUGCGAGUGGAGCAAGGUUCGAGAACUCUGCUCCGGCAACAAUGAGGGUUCAACCUAGUCUUGGCCAAGCAACAGCAUUCAAGCACGUUCCGAAUUGGAAUGUUGCAAACCCCAGUUUCUUUCCGGUUUAUAGGGAAAGAGCAAUAGAGAAGAGGAUAGAAGUAGAUUCCCCACCAUGGCAAAUCCAAGGUCCUUAUGGUGGAACAAAAGAAAUGCCACUCUUCCCUAGUGCAGCAUCAUCAGGAUUCUCAUCUUCAAUAAUUACUUCACCAUCAGCUGCUGCUGGCCAACUCCGAGUUCCCAACGCAACUUUCCUCCAACACCAUUUCCCCCCGGUGAUCAUGAACUCGAACACCCCCCAUUUCUACUGCAGAACCGAAAGGUAGCUUAUUACCAUGCCACCCCCAUCUUAUAUUAUCGGUAGGCAAAUCGAUGAAAAAAAGAAUUCGAGGGUGUACCGAAAUGCCGGUAUAUAAGAAGGUUAGGCUAGGCUACUUGAUUGAUCAUAUUUAUUGUUGUAAAGCUCAUCAAAGCUACUAAGCUGAUGUAUUAUAUGUGGUUGAAAUGAACAACAUUUGGUCAAUUAAUUAGACUUGGUUUGAAA